AUGGCCAAGGACCGGUUCGUCAAUGCGAAUCCGUACCCGGAGCUCAAAGUGUCCGACGAGGAGUGUCUGCAGCUGAUCGAGCUUGUCAAUGGCUUCGUGGCGGACCAUUUCCAGAAGUACGAGGACUUCGUGGUCGUGGACAAGCACCAGGUGGACGACCAGCGCUGGAAGCUCGUGAGGUCCAAAGACAACCAACACGUGUACGCUGAGAGGUCCAAGAGCAAGGAUGACAUCCCAGUCGUGUUGAGCGUCGGCACUUUGGUGGGGGACGUCGACGACGUCACGCCUCAACCCAGCGCGGAGGAGCCCUUCCGCUCGCUCAUUAUCAAGUGGAUGACCAUCGACGUGCCGCUGCAGUCCACGAGUCUGGUCAAGAGCCGAGAUUUCGUGUACAUUGAGGCCACGGGCAUCGUCCACUUCGCCAACGGUGAUCGCGUGGGCUACCACCUGUUGCACUCGAUCGACUUCCCCCAGACCAAGCCGCUGUCCAAUAUGAUCCGAGGAAAUUUAUCCGUCUUUGGGUUUUUCCGACAGCUCGAGCACAACGCCAUCGAUCUCUACGCGAGUGGUACUGUAGUGCCUGGAGGCAAGAUCGCGCGCUUUUUAUCCAUCCAAGUGGCUGCGGAGGCCCUGUUAUCCGCUACGAAUUACGUGCAUUGUGGACAGAUGAAGAAGUUAUCGUGGAUGCUGCAGCACCGGCACUCGGCGUUCCAGCUUCAGCAUCAACAGCGUGGGGAGAAGUGUACUACUUCCUCCGGUUGGAAAUGA